GACUGUAUAAAUAUCUAUACAUGUACUGUAUCUUCAGGACUUUAGCCACUUAGCAAUGGCGAACGGAUCAGACGGACAAACUGUGGACCAGGCAGAACAGCUUGCACUGUUGUUUCCCAAAGACAGUAUAGAGUACAAACUUCUACUGAGGUACACACAGAAAAAAACUCACAGUCAACCCCCACAGAGCAACGGUGUGGGAGAGACGAAGACUGGUUCCCCUACAAAACUUAGGGGCCACAAUAAAUCAAAUAAAAGUAAGAAGUUUCAUCUUCAGAAGGUCUUCAGCUGCAUUCAACCUGCAAAAAAAAAACCUGUCAGACAGCAGGCAUCUACAUUUCCAAGUCCACACCAGGGAGAAGUAGAACAGAUUGUCAACAGGUUGACUGAGAUCACAGAUCAUGUUCAUUUCAUAUCAUCGGAUAUAGAAACUGAUAGUGACGAUGUUGUGGAGAGAUUAGUGGAGCUGAUUAGGGAACAUGGAGAUAAACUUAACGAGAAAAUCGAAAGGGACCACAUGCUUAGGAAAAAUCUGCAGGACUGUUUUUCAUACACCUUCUUCAAGCAGGUGACUCAGAUGUUUAUGAGGAGACUGAGUCCAGAAGAACAUCCUACUACACAGAGCCCUGAGCAGGCUAAAAUCGCACUCACCUGUGAGCUGACCAGCCGCCUAAACACCAUGGACUGCCUUCCCAUGAACCGAGCGCUGGGCUUCGGUGCUAAAUACCUGCAGGACUAUUUUACACCCUGGGUCAUCGAACAAGGCGGCUACGAAAAAGUUUUCUGCACACCCGUUGAUGAGGACGAAGAGGUUCAUUAAGAUUUUUCUUGAAAUUCUGGGUUCAGUAAAUGUUUUUCUUAAGAAACCAAAGCUGCUAUGAAAAUGUUCAAUUUUUUAUUUGUUUUUUUUGUAUGCUUUUUGUUAUGUGACAAUAAAAUAAAGUCUUAUAAAAGCUAUAAGAUGAUAAAUAAUCGAUAAGAUGCUAAAAGAUAAAAAACAAUUUCUAUGAAUAUAGAAUAAUAUAAGUUUUUGCAUUAAAUACAUCGUACUGUAUGUUUUGUAUUGCACUGAUAUACAGUAUAUACUGUUCACAUUUUUGCAUUAAAUACUGUAUACUGUAUGUUUUUGUAUUGCACCCAAAAAUUCAGUUUCUUACUGGUUACGUUCGGGUCCUUUUUAGAUUUACUGGGUGGAGAAAAGUGUAUAAAAUGAUGAAAAAAUAAAAUAAAAACUGUUAUUUUAUUCACUGA